AUGGUUGGGAUCUAUGGAUUUGGAAGAAUUGGUAAGACAACCAUUGCCAAAGUUUUAUAUAACCGAAUUGCCGCUCAAUCCAUGAUUGCUAGCUUUAUUGCUAAUGUUAGAGAGGAUUCCAAAAGUCGAGGUCUACUUCAUUUACAAAAGCAACUCCUUCAAGAUAUUUUGCCAAGAAGGAAGAACUUUAUAAGCAACGUUGACGAAGGGAUCCAUAUGAUAAAAGAUAGACUAUGCUUUAAAAAGGUCCUUCUUGUGCUUGAUAAUGUUGAUGAUUUGAAUCAACUAGAAGCCUUAGCUGGUGAUCAUAAUUGGUUUGGUUUAGGAAGUAGAAUUAUUGUUACAACUAGAGAUAAGCAUUUGUUGGAGGUGCAUGAAAUGGAUGCAUUAUAUGAGGCUAAGAAAUUAGAUCACAAGGAAGUUGUUGAACUCUUUAGUUGGAAUGCGUUUAAACAGAACCAUCCCAAAGAAGAUUAUGAAAUAGUUACAAACUCUGUGGUACAUUAUGUUAAUGGUCUUCCUUUAGGUCUUAAAGUUUUGGGUUCUUUCCUAUUUGGAAAGACAGUACAUCAAUGGAAAAGUGAAUUGCAUAAACUAGAAUGA